UUUGUGUGGAUUUAAGAUGAAUUCCAGCAUUCUUACCCGACUGCACCAAGGACUAGUUCCAUUGAUGACAUCCAUCAGAAAUGCAUCCAAGAAAACAGGCGGUAGCUCGAGGAAUCCUCCCAAACAUCCGCGCCCGAAACAUCGUGGGUGGAAGGUGCAGGACGGUCAUCACGUAUCGGCUGGAACUAUUUUAGUAACGCAACGCACAACCCGUUUUCAUCCCGGACUGAACGUUGGUUUCGGCAAAAAUGGUACACUAUUUGCAAUGGAACACGGGAAGGUAUAUGUGACCUGUGAAAAGAUCGACCCGAACUGGGAUCACACGUGGAUCCAACGAUGCUAUGCCGGGCGGGAAGGACAAACGAUUUACAAAAAGUUUUUCAAUGUAGUGCCCGAACCGCAACAUCAACGGUUUAAACUAAUAGAUGAAGUGUAG